AUGAGUGGGGAUUUCACAGCCUUUUUUUAUGGCACCUUGAUGGCGCCCGAGGUGUUCUUUACCGUAUGUUAUGGAACGUCGAAACCGCCACAAGCUUAUCAAGCCAUGCACACGUUCACCCCAGCUACUCUGGACGGUUACUGUAGACACCGAGUCCAGUUUGCCGACUACCCUGGAAUCAUACCAGAGGAGGGAUGUUCGGUUCGCGGCGUGUAUGCAACAGGCCUGACGGAUGCCAAUAUGCACAAGCUCGAUUAUUUUGAAGGCUCGGAAUACAAGAAAGUGAAUGUCAAGGUGAAGCUUCUCAAGAACGAGGGGGGAAGUGAGGUCGAGGGAGAAGAGAAGGACGCCGUCGUCUACGUCUUCCUGUCAGCAGAGGACCUUGAGAAGGUCGAAUGGGACUUUGAACAUUUUCGGAAGGAGAAGAUGGACAUGUGGGCACGGUGA